ACACGUACAAAGGAACAGCAUGCUAAAAACAUUCAGGAAGACCCUAGACGACGGCUUCUUCCCCUUCAUCAUCAUCGACGCUAUCAAUGACAGGGUUAAAUACUUUGAUCAGUUCUGGAGUGCUGCCAAGACUAAAGGCUUCGAGGUGUACUUGGCUGAAAUCUCGGCAGACUAUCAGACUUGCGCUAAAAGAAACGCCCACGGCCGGAAGAUGAGGGAUAUUCAAAAGAUGUCCAGUAACUGGGAGUCGUCACCACGUCACAUGAUGCGGUUGGAUGUCCGUUCCCUGCUUCAGGACGCUGCUAUUGAGGAGGUUGAGAUGGAAGACUUCAACCCUGAUGAUGAGUCGCUGAAGAAGCCCAAGAAGAAUAAGGAGGAGGAGGAAGAAGACGUUAAGGUAGGACCCAUUCAGCAUGCCCUUAUAGGUGGUGUUCAAUGUUCCUAAACAUGCCCUUACAGCUAACCUCCUGUAGGUUUUCACAUCUUAUCAACCAGCUAAUUAUUGGAAUCGGGUGUGCUAGAUUAGGGUUGAAGUGAAAAACCUACAGGAUGUUAGUUCUCCAGGAACAGGGUUGGAGAGCCCUGGUGUAAACCUACAGGACAGUAUCUCUCCAGGAACAGGGUUGGAGAGCCCUGGUAUAAACCUACAGGACAGUAGUUCUCCAGGAACAGGGUUGGAGAGCCCUGGUGUAAACCUACAGGAUGUUAGUUCUCCAGGAACAGGGCCGGAG